AUGGAUGAAUUGGAGAAUAUGCCGACUAUGCGUAACAAUGAUGUUAAUGCCUUUGAAAAGUUUGCUGACCUAGUUGGGGUAACAGUUGCGAAAUUGAAAGCUGAGAAUCGAGAAUCAGAGCUAGGAGAAGGAACUUUGCAUCGACAGCUUGUGAAGAAAUUAUCGGAUCGACAGUUGGAAAGUUAUAGUCGAUGGUUAAGCACUCACAGCAAGGAACAGUCUGUUAUAGGUUUGUGUGACUGGUUGAAGGAAGAGGUGACUAUUAAAGUGGAAGUCGCAGAAAUGGCGUAUGGUUUGGAGCAGAAAUAUGCUUAG